AUGGAUAUAAGUUGUUUGGAUUUGAUUCUGUUUAGUAAUAUUGUGCUAAUUGACGAAACUAGCGAGGGUGUCAACCGAAAGCUUGACCUAUGGAGAAACACCUUAGUGUGCAAGGCUUUUAAGAUAAGUAGAAGUACUAAGUACAUGGACUGCAAGUUUCGUCAGCAUGAGAAGAGCGAAGAUGCGAAUCCUAAUUUCUUGUGCCAACACAUUGACAGAAUGCUAUCCAAUAGAGAAUCAGCUAGACGCUCCAGAAGAAGAAAGCAGGCCCAUCUGACAGAAUUAGAGACACAGGUUUCUCAAGUAAGAGUAGAAAACUCCUCUUUAUUGAAACGCUUUACUGACAUAAGCCAGAAAUACAAUGAAGCAGCAGUUGAUAAUAGAGUAUUGAAAGCAGAUGUUGAGACAUUGAGAGCAAAGGUGAAGAUGGCUGAAGAAACUGUUAAAAGAGUUACUGGGUUAAACCCGCUAUUCCAAGCUAUGUCUGAGAUAUCCACAAUGAUGAUGCCAUCUUUCACUGGCAGUCCUUUUGACUCAUCAGCAGACGCUGCUGUUCCUGAACAAGAUGACCCCAGACAUCACUACUAUCAAGCACCGGAAAAUAGUCAUAUGCCCAACCAUACUCCUAGAAUGCAAAAUGGUAUGAUAGAUAUUCCUUCCAUGGAAAAUGCACAUCAGAGUUCUGCAGCAGAAGCAAUCGGGGGCAAUAAGAUUGGCAGAACUUCUUCAAUGCAGCGGGUGGCUAGCUUGGAGCAUCUGCAGAAGCGCAUGCGUGGAGAAGCGAGUACUUGUGGAACCCAAUGCAGGAAAGAGCAGUAGCGACUUAGUAAGCAGAGGAGUUAACAACUGCUAGAGAUUUCACAUAAAAAUAUUGUAAAAGAUUACAUAUAAUCACUUUGAAAAAAUAUAUAUCGUUCUUAGCAUAACGAGUCUAUCGGAGGCAGAAAACAUGACUAUUCUGUGUACCAAUGCCUUUUUGAUAGUGGGUUUAUGCAAAAUUUAUCUUAUCGUGA